UUUUCUUUUUCAUCGUCCUGUUUCGAUGUCUUUUUCUUUUUUCUUUCUUUCUUUCUUUCUUCUCGCAAUUGAAGGAAGGGAAAGAACCAUGUUGUGCCACGAUUGUGGUUUACUUUGGCGUAUAUCUUUUGUUUCGUUUGGAGUCUGAAGACGUUGAAUGAGUUCAGGAUUAUAUAUAUGUGUGUGUGUGUGUGUGUGUUUGAAUGUGUUUCCAUCUGCUUUUUGUUUUCGUUCAUCUUUGCCCGUUUUUCUGAUCUCAUCGCAUGAAGGCGGGGAAGGUUUUAAUCUUAGAAAAGUUGCGGUAGUUCAUAUUUUUGGCGCCACUCUGUUUCUUUGGAUGAUUUUCUGUUUUGGAUUUCUUUUUAUAUGAAGUAGACAGGGAAACGAGUGGGGAAAUCUUAGCAAUAAGAACUCAGAAAUCUCUUAGCAAAUCAGCGCUUGUGAAUAUUUAGAAUAAUAAAAAAAAAUAAAAUAAAAUAAAAACCGAGUUUCUCUGUGUAUUUCUUCAUUUUUCCUCCUUCAGUUAUUGUAAUGAUUAUAUUCUCUCACUCUCUCGCUAACUCUGUUCUACUCAGAUUGAAGAUUGAAGUCAUACUGGUUGGAAGCAAAUGGGGCUAUUUCAAAGCUCAAAUCCCAUUUGCCCCAACAACCAGCACUGUUCGGAAUGGGUAAAGAAGAAUAUGAAAUACUGCUUCUGCAGUACGAAAGAUGGAGUUUCUCUCACUCUGGGAUUGAUUAGUGUUAUUAGUUGGGGUAUAGCGGAGAUACCCCAAAUCAUUACAAAUUGCAGGGAAAAAUCUUCCGAGGGCCUGUCUUUGGCUUUCUUGCUAACAUGGAUACUGGGAGAUCUUUUCAAUGUCUUUGGCUGCAUACUCGAACCAGCAACACUUCCAACUCAAUAUUACAUGGCAUUGUUGUAUACGAUCACAACACUGAUUCUGACUACACAGACCAUAUACUAUGGGUACAUAUAUCCUCGAAUGAAAGAUCAUCGAAGACAGUGCAAGAUUGAUACAUGUGAUAAAGUCCAACAAAGCUAUGGCGGUGUUGAUGUUAAGCAAAUCAACAAUGACGAUGACAUGAACAAGUUCAACACUUUUGGAAGAGAGAAUGGUUCCACUAGUCCUAUGCCUCUUCCUAUGCCUCGACGAAAUAGUUCCCUGGGAAGAGAGCUAUACUUCACGUCAGCAAGAUCUCUAUCGUGGAGUCAUACUCCCACAACAGGGUCUUUUUUAACACAAAAAAUGACUCCUCCUUAUAUUCAGAACCCCUUGCAAGAGCCGCUGCUUGAUGGAAAUGAACCAUCACCAUCACCAUCUUCAACACCUCCCAAUGUCAAGAAUAUGCUGUCUGUGGUCUUCAUGUUGACUUUCUUUGGCACACUCAGUCUCCAUCAAUUUGCAGAAAACAGAUUUCGUAGUGUCUCAGAUAAUCCGAAUAAAGGAUUUGUCAUACCAGUAGGUAGAAAGCUUUUACAGGUUACUGGCGAGCUGUUGCAAAAUAAUGGCAGUGAAGGAAGCAGUGGAAUUGGAACUUACCUUGGUUGGGCAAUGGCAUUUAUAUAUAUGGGUGGGCGACUUCCUCAAAUUUGCUUGAAUAUAAGAAGAGGACAUGUUGAGGGUCUUAGUCCUUUAAUGUUCAUUUUUGCUUUAAUUGGAAAUUCCACUUAUGUAGCGAGUAUACUUGUGAGCAGUACAAGCUGGUGGAAGAUCAAACCAAAUCUUCCAUGGCUAGUAGAUGCAUUUGGAUGUGUUCUUCUCGACACAUUUAUACUAAUACAAUUUAUCUAUUUCCACUACCGGGUACAUCGAGUUGAAGAUAAUAGCCUCGCGCUUCCAAAUGAAGCUUGGAAUCGCCCAUGACAAGGAAAUGAUGUGAUUGCUAAGGUAAUUCGUCUCGGCCCCGUUGAAGCUGAAAUGCACGCAUAAACUUUCAUAGCUCCUCCGUGCAAUCGUACGCAAGCUUACUCGGCCACAUUAAGAGGCAGUUUUGCUGGCUCUCGGCUUGAAACACACGGAUGCAUAUUGGUUUCUCAUUUUUUCUUUUAAAGUUUCGAGGAUUUGAUGUUUGAUUUCUCCAAGUUUAUGUCUCCCCCCAAAUUAGCAUCACAAAUCUGGACUCUAUUUGCUCAUCACUUUUUUACUAUUAUCUUAACUAU